CAGACCAACCUUCCAGCUUUUCAAGGAGACAAAGAACCAGCAGGCUUACGUCACUCCAAGGGAGGAUUCAAGACAGCAUUGGUCUCAAGUCAAGCCUGACAGAUAUCAAGGGACAGUUUUCAGACAAAGAAACCCAACCGGAGCAACAGAGAACAUCCAAGAUGGUGUCUGCUGGGAUGCAAAUGCUUGGCACAGCCCUGGGGAUCCUGGGCUGGAUUGGCGCCAUCAUCGUCUGUGCCAUUCCCAUGUGGAGGGUGACGGCCUUCAUCGGCAGCAACAUCGUCACCUCGCAGACGUCCUGGGAAGGCAUCUGGAUGAGCUGCGUGGUCCAGAGCACAGGCCAGAUGCAGUGCAAGGUCUACGACUCCAUGCUGGCCCUCGACCGUGACCUCCAGGCUGCCCGGGCGCUGACUAUCAUCUCUAUUGUGGUUGGCAUCAUGGCCAUCCUGCUGGCUGUGGCCGGGGGGAAAUGCACCAACUGUGUGGAGGAUGAGACAUCCAAGGCCAAGGUGGGCGUCGCAGCCGGCGUCACAUUCAUCGUAGCUGGAGUUCUGUGCCUGAUCCCUGUGUGCUGGACGGCCCACACCAUCAUCCGUGACUUCUACAACCCGAUGGUGGUGAACGCGCGGAAAAGAGAGCUGGGUGCUGCGCUGUACAUCGGGUGGGGCGCAUCGGCUCUCCUGCUGAUCGGAGGGGGGCUGCUUUGCUGCAACUGCCCUCGUAAGGAUGACAACUCCUAUGGUGCCAGGUACAAAGCUGCCCGAUCUGAGGCCUCGGCACCGGCAUCAGGAAAAGACUAUGUCUAAAACAGAUGGAGAUGAGGCUUGUGCAUGGAUAAAGUACAGCACCAUUUAUUGGGACUGGUUACUGCUGGGUUGUGAGUGUUGAUAUUUGAGGAAGUUAAGACACAUUUUAUGAAGUGUUCCCGAAUUUUCCUGUUGUUUUUGGAGGGGAAAAAAGGGAGAGGAACCACACCCAAAUGAAGACAUUGAAUUCCUGUGAUGCUUUUAUGGUGUUUUUAUGAUUUAUAUUCUGAAAGAGUAUUCAACAGUUUUUUUAUGUAGUGUAAACGUAACUAAACUUUAUCUACAGUUUUGUUUUAGAAAAAAAAAUAAGUGGGUUGAAUU